AUGCACCUGGCCUGGCCGUCACCUCGGUACAAGCAAUGCACGCAGCUCCAUGGCGUGACGAUCGAUCAACGCCUCGACGUACGCCGGCGUGUACAGCUGAUCAUUAACGGGAUGUCGGGUCUGCUCUGUGACCUGAAACGGAGCCGCAGUCGAUUCGUGUGCCCGUCUCUGUCUCGCCGCCAGGCGCAACGCCCGGGCCUUGAGGACUGCUUCUUCUUGUUCCAAGUCGGCACGACGGUGCGUGAAUUCAAGGUCUUGCUGCACGGACGUCCGGGCGGCGAUCUCAACUUGGCGCUCCAAGAAGUUGUUCUUCGGGAGCCGCAUUUGGACGUGGGCCUCGCUUUACCGCAACAUGUCCGCCAGGCCGUCGCGCUCAAUGCUCACGGCCUCCAAGGCGUCUGGCCGAACCCCAGCGUCCGUCGAGACCGAGAAACGGUCCACUGA